UGUGGGGCUGAGCUCGUACACGCCGCCCCUUUCGCCGCCGCGAUCGGUGCUUGCGUUCUCACUUCUCUUGUAGCUCCCGUCCAACUUACUAGACCUGAAGAUGAUGAUGGCGGCGGGGCCAUCGAUUCUACCGAUACGAGAUUCGCCGUCAUGGGGAUCAUCGGCUUCAUCCCUUACUUUAAUUGGUUGAGCUGGGUGUUUGCUUGGGUUGAUACCAGCAGACCGCGCUAUCUUCUGUACUCCAUUGUUUAUUUGGCUCCAUACUUGAGGACAAAUCUGUCACUAUCUUUGGAUGAAAGUUGGAUGCCUAUUGCCAGUAUACUUGCAUGCAUCAUUCACAUUCAGCUGGAAGCGAACCUCAGAAAUGGAGAUCUUGAGGGCCUGGCUUUCUUUAACAAAGCUUCGAAUUUGAUGUCUCCCUUCCUCACAGCAAAGAAAGAUUCUCUCAGAGGUCACGGCAAAUCAUCUGAGCGGGGGAAGAAGCAAUAAGCAUGUUCUAUCAUCAGUUUGCUGAAGAAACAAGCAGCAGGUUUCCCACCGAAGAAACUGAUGGACCAUAACAGAAUGAAGACCAAGGAAACAAUGGAGGACAUGUGGGAAUUGUAAGAAACAUGUUUGUAAUGUGAGAAUUUUAUAAAUUGAGCUAAAGAAUCAUCUAGCAAAUAUGCAUGAGCAAAUGUAUGUACAUCCAAUACGCCAAUCAUGGACUUGAACUCAGUCUAAAAAUAACUCUUUUUUUUCUUUUUUUC